AUGAUCUUGCAAAAGUGCAAGGAACACAACAAUCCAGAAAUCAUUUACAGAGAAGUUGAUGAGGUUGUCAACAACUUCCGGGGGCCGGCUAAGGCAGGGCAUAUGGAAUCCUCCUACACUGUUGGCUUGCUAGUGCUGGUGACUCCUACGGAGGGACAAUAUGAUGCAAUGGAAUUCAUUAACUGUGAGGGUAAUCGGGAGUGGUAUUUCUCAUGGGACUUGGCGGGUGACUACUCUGACACGAUGACAGACACCCAAAUGCCAGGGAGCUUGCGUGUUGUCAAAGCAUGA